CAGAGACACAGCCACGCGAUCACGCUAUACUUUCACAUGUCUCCUGCCUCUUUUAUCAUCGUCAUUAUCAAAGCUACCGGGAAGCAUGGUGCAUCACUCGGGAUCCAUACAGUCCUUCAAGCAGCAAAAGGGUAUGCACAACAGUAUCAGUGAGAUUUUAAAGGAGAAGACCCUGAAGUCGUCUCGCCGCAGUUUGCCAUGUCUGGCGCAGAGUCAGACGCAUCCUCAAAACCUCAACAGCUUCCUGUCUGUGCCUCUGAGUCCUGAACCCAAAACAUACACAAGCAGCAUCAGUGCCUCCUGUACACACAUCACACCUCCUCCUCCCACCGCAGACACGGGUCAAGAUGCUUGUACGGAAGAGAGAGAGGUGGGGGAUUUUGAGCCUAAAACAGAUGAGGUGCUCCUUGUCAAGAAAAAGCCGAUGUCCAGAGGAAAACUAGAGGCCCGUACAGAAUCCAUACAGGGGAACAACCUGGACAACCCCUCUGGAUUGAUGUUUCGAGAUGGGAAGAAACGCAUCGACUACAUCUUAGUAUAUAAGAAAUCCAGUCCUCAGGUGGAGAAGAGGUGCACAUUUGAGAGGAAUCUUCGGGCAGAGGGUAUAAUGCUGGAAAAGGAGCCCUCAUUAACCAACAGUGAUAUCAUGUUUGUGAAGAUUCAUGCGCAGUGGGACACGUUGUGUAAAUAUGCUGAGCAGAUGAACAUCAGAAUGCCCUUUAGGAGAAAGUGUUACUUCACAGACUGGAAGAAAAAAAAUCUGGGCAGUCCAUUUCAGCUGAAAUUUCGUCAGGUAAAAAGUUGGUUGCCCAGGAACCCCAUGAAACUGGACAAAGAGGCGUUACCAGAUCUAGAAGAAUCCGACUGCUACACGGCGCCCUUCAGCAGGGCUAGAAUGCACCAUUUUAACAUCCACAACAAAGAGACUUUUUUCUCAACCUCGACAAGGAGCAGAAUAGUACAUCAUGUACUACAGCGGAUGAAGUAUGAGGAUGGGAAAUCUAAGAUGGCUCCACCAUUGUGUUGUCUGUAUCUGCUUAAUUAUUAUGGUCAUCGCGAGCGGCUCCUCAUGGGCCAGUCAGGGAGUGCAUGGGAAGGCAUCAAUCGGUUACUUGGCAACAGCACGUACGAGGCAGCGUUUCCUCCACAUGAGGGAAGUUAUAAAAGUAGACAUCCGAUAAAGACUCACGGCGCCCAGAACCACAGACACCUUCUCUAUGAAAGAUGGGCACGCUGGGGAAUGUGGUACAAAUACCAGCCAUUAGACCUCAUUCGGCGGUACUUCGGGGAGAAGAUCGGCCUGUAUUUUGCAUGGUUGGGCUGGUACACAGGUAUGCUGAUCCCUGCCGCCCUAGUCGGCCUCUUCGUUUUUCUCUAUGGUCUGUUCACCAUGGACUCUAGCCAAGUAAGUAAAGAGAUCUGUGAGGCCCACAGCACCAUCAUGUGCCCCAUGUGCGAAGGCAACUGUAGCUCCUGGACGCUGAGUGACAGCUGUGUCUAUGCAAAGGUGACCCAUCUUUUUGAUAAUGGAGGCACAGUCUUCUUUGCUAUCUUCAUGGCAAUAUGGGCCACCGUGUUCCUUGAGUUCUGGAAGAGGAGGAGGGCGGAGCUCACCUAUGACUGGGAUUUGAUCGACUGGGAGGAAGAGGAGUGUAAAUCCUGUGUCAUGAUGUGUUCUGAGGAGCUACGGCCCCAGUUUGAAGCCAAAUACUCACGGAAGGAGAGAGUAAACCCCAUCUCAGGAAAACCAGAACCCUUCCAGCCCUUCACAGACAAAUUCAGCCGGCUUAUGGUGUCUGUUUCGGGAAUCUUCUUUAUGAUCUCUUUAGUUCUGACAGCCGUGUUUGCCGUGGUGGUUUUCCGGCUCAUUGCCAUGGAGAAGUUUGCCUCCUUCCAGUGGGAGUUUGUGAAGAAGAACUGGCAGUUUGCCACCUCAGGCACUGGAGUUUGCAUUAACUUUAUGAUCAUCAUGUCUCUUAAUGUGGUCUAUGAGAAAGUGGCAUAUCUACUUACAAACCUGGAACACCCGAGGACAGAGUCCGAAUGGGAAAAUAGCUUUGCCCUCAAGAUGUUCCUCUUCCAGUUUGUCAAUCUCAACAGCUCCACCUUCUACAUAGCAUUUUUUUUAGGAAGGUUUGCUGGCAGGCCGGGCGACUAUAAUAAGCUGUUUAACCGAUGGAGGAUGGAGGAGUGUCACCCCAGUGGUUGUCUGAUUGACUUGUGCCUACAAAUGGGGGUAAUCAUGGUGUUCAAACAAAUCUGGAACAACUUCAUGGAGCUGGGCUACCCACUGCUGCAGAAUUGGUGGUCUCAGCGUAAGAUCAAGCGUGCAGGUGAGCCGAGUAGGAGUAAAGAAAAGCUUCCUCAGUGGGACAGAGACUGGAACCUUCAGCCCAUGAAUGCACACGGCCUGGUAGACGAGUACCUGGAAAUGGUUUUGCAGUUUGGCUUCACCACAAUUUUCGUGGCGGCCUUUCCUCUGGCUCCACUGCUGGCUUUGCUCAACAACAUCAUUGAAAUCCGAUUGGACGCCUACAAGUUUGUCACACAGUGGAGGCGACCAAUGCCAGCCCGUGCUACUGAUAUCGGCAUCUGGCAUGGUAUCCUGGAGGGAAUUGGAGUUGUGGCAGUCAUAACCAAUGCUUUUGUCAUCGCCAUUACUUCAGACUACAUCCCUCGCUUUGUCUAUGCGUUCAAAUACGGUCCCUGUGUGGACAAGGGUUACCGGCAUGAGAAAUGUCUUCGAGGAUACCUGAACAACAGCUUGUCUGUUUUUGAUAUGGGCGAGCUUAAAAACGGAAGUUAUCACACACGAUAUUGCAGAUAUCGGGAUUACAGAGCGCCUCCAUGGAGUCCUGAGCCGUAUGAGUUCACCCUCCAGUUCUGGCACGUUUUGGCUGCCAGACUAGCCUUCAUCAUUGUCUUUGAGCAUCUGGUGUUUGGCAUUAAGACCUUCAUAGCCCACAUGAUUCCAGACAUGCCCAAAGACUUGUGCGAUCGCAUGCGUAGAGAGAAAUACCUGAUGCAGGAAAUGAUGUACGAGGUGGAACUGGAGCAUUUGCAGAACGAACGGAAAAAUAACGGCAAACAGUAUCACCACGAGUGGCCUUAGCCGUGCCAGCCCACGAACACACACAUUUACACGUACAUGCUCGCAUUUACACGAAAGCACAUCAGGACUGGGAAGGACGUACAUGCUCAACCAUGCUGCGGCCUUGGACAGCUAGCUUUAUUGAAUCCAUGCAUGGGCUGCCCAAUUCAGAUUUUAAUUUCUGUGUUGAACCAGGGAGAGAACUCUGUGGUUGAGGUCAAAACCUGAUCUCCGGCUGGGCCUUUAGAGCCUGGAGUUGGCAGCUGUGCUCUGCACCAAAGAGGUUCUUCUCAGUCACAUGACGCCUGCCUGAGACCUCCAAUCAUCUGUCCUUUCAUCCCCCUGAGGGUGUUUACAUGCUAGAGAUAGCUUGGGUGUCUAGAGGUGUUUACGAUGACAGAAAGACCCAGAACAGUUUGAAAUCAAGUAGGAAAAAACAAUUUGGACGAAAGCAUGAUUCACCUUUCCAAAAUUUUUAAUUCUCCACCGAAUGAAUUUAACGUGUUCAAAUUAACUCUAGCGUCUUGGUGUCUUGAGUCGCUUUUCUUAAGGUGGUAAAGAUCGUUCGGGCGAACACACAUCCUUCUUAGCAUGGCCUGCACUGGCACUGGUCAAGUAUUUCUCGUCUCGGUAUUUCUUGUCUCGUCUUGAUGAAAACAGAGCGUCUGUGCAGCUGGAUUGUUUACUAUGCAGAUGAAGGGCUUUGGAGUUCCUGUUUCUGCUUGCCUACUCGUCUACCUGUUUCUCACUCUGUGUGUGGCAGCUAGCAUCCCUCUGUGAAGCGGCUCUCUACGUGUAGCCAGGCAAAGUAACAACGUUAACACAAAAUAAUACAGUUUUUACCAAUACUAACUCAUACCAACGCCCUCUCGCGUCGCUUGCCGGCAUCUCACAUUGUGAUCUUUGUUACAGAGGUGGUGAAGAUUACCAAAUAAAAUUAAGUUUGUUUAUGCAAAGGACAGUUUUACUGUAAUUUAUAGCCCUAAAAAAGAUAUGCAGUUUUAUGUUUCAAUACAAGUAGUUUUGUCAAGGCAAAAUAAAAAACAGCAAAUAGCCAACUUGGGCA